GCGAUUCUUGCGGACGACGUGUGCGCGCACUUGACUGCAUGUCCAUCCAGAUCACUGCCGAGCUGAGCGUGUCCUAACGCCAUGAUCGCCGUACACAUCACAUGUCAGGUGUUUCAAGCGGCCACUAUAGGCAUUCUUUUGACAUUGAACACUAUUGUACCAGUUAAAUCAUCAAAGCCGGAUGCCAACUAUAAACUUGAAAAGACAUUCGAAAACAUCCGUUCAUCUAUUGAUUCAAAAGUUGCUGAAAAUGGUCAUUUCAAAUCAUUUUUAUCUCCAGAUCAAAGGAGAAAAUCGAAUACCGAUUUUUCUCAAUUACAGGAAGACGUUGAUAAACAGAUGUCCGGCGUAGAUUUUAAUUUCGAUCAGAACGCUUAUGACAAAUUUCAUUUGCCUCAACAACGACCUGUAAAACCUAAAUUUGUACUCAACUAUGAACCAUUAAGACCUUCAAAUUAUAUAUCAGCACCGUCUACGCGUUAUACAGAUUAUCCAUUUAGUAUACCAGAACAUCAAGAUGAUGGAGGUGACGGUGGUGAUGGCGAUGAUGGUGGUGACGAUGGGGGUGGUGGUGGCGGCGGAGGCGAACAGCAAUCUUUUGAGCAAGAUUACGAUAACUUUGAACCCCAUAACGGUUGGAGACCUAUUCAUAAUAAAAUAAAAGGAUCGGAUAUAUUAGAGAAUCAGUUUAGGAUAAGGCCUUCAGUGAAGAAGGUCCCCGGUUAUGGUACGAAUCGAGUACCAGUGACUUCUAAUAGUUACCAAAAAUCAUAUAAGCAACGACCAGUGUAUAAAAAAAAGCAGCCUCAGCGAUUUGCUGACGAUCCAUAUACACGAAGAUUAGUUGAAAAUAAACGACCUUUAAGGGUGUUUGAUGAUGAUGAUGAUGAUGUACAACCAUUAAAGACUCGCGGAAAUAGCAAAAGACCUUUAAGCGGCUGUUCUUGA